ACGGCGUUAUACCGUAGGCACAAGAAAGAAGAAAUAGCGCCGCCUCCAUUCUCCACGGAGGGAGCGGCGAAAAAGAAGGAUGGCAAGGGCAGGGGGAAUAACCAACGCAGUGAACGUAGGGAUCGCAGUGCAAGCCGACUGGGAGAAUCGGGAGUUCAUUUCUCACAUUUCCCUCAAUGUUCGUCGCCUCUUCGACUUCCUCGUCCAAUUCGAGGCUACAACAAAGAGCAAACUAGCAUCACUAAAUGAGAAGCUUGAUAUACUAGAGCGGCGUCUUGAACUGCUUGAAGUCCAAGUGGGUACUGCAGCGGCCAACCCUUCUUUGUUUAACACCUGAUGUUUGGGAUUGUUGUACUUUUAAAAAGAACCAGCUUGCCUGUAAGCUACUCUUAUCUGGAAUCUGGACAGAUUGCUUGGUCUUGGAAUCCAGUGUGACACUGUAUAUCCAUGCCUGCUAUGCUUUCCAUGUCUCAAAUUUUUGAAGAACAUAUGUCAUGUAUGGGUUUUUACUGUAGUAUAUAUAUUUCAAGAAGUUGUGAAGCUGCUUUUCAGAUGUGACAUAAUUGGAAGUUGAUUCUAUGUUUUGGCUGUGCUUGA